GUUGUGUACAGGAUGAGAACAGAAUACAGACACCUUAUCAAAAGGCGGAUAGCAGUGUGAUCGUGAACAUGUGAGGUAACAAACGGUACAUUUCAUUUGUGAUUUUUGUGAGCGAACGCGGCAGACAGAAGGAGUGAAGGUAGUCCUGGAGCUUAAAACCAAACCCCCUUUUCCAGCCUUUCACCGUCGCUUUUAAACGAUUGUUCCACCAAAAACAAAAUGUAUUUCUGUUUCCUCUAUUGGCGAUAAAACAUUAAAACAUUCAGUAAGUGUUAGGUGUUGAAGGGAAAUUUUUGGAGAUAUUUUUGUUCUUAAUAUUGACGAUCGCGGUGGUCACGAACAGAGAAUGUUCCAUCUCCCAUGGAAGAUGGUUCUUGGAGGUUGGAGGAAGUGAUUGAGGGAAAUGGCUAGUAAAAAAAAGAAGAAGAAAAAAGUUGAAUUGUGAUACGCACGUACAGCAUUGUUCAUGUAGGGCCUGUUAGUUUAUAUAGUUCUCACCCCCCCAAAAGGGGGUGUGUUUUUUUUCUCUUUUGCAACGGACAUGCCACCCAAUGUACCGUCAAACUGUUGUUUUCGAGACGUUUUUGUAAUUGAUGAUCAUCUUCCGGCCCGGUUUGUUUAGUCCAUGUUAUUCGCGCUAUUCCAACAUUUUCCACGCCCACCGCACAGACACUCACACACAUACACACAAACACCCACACAUGCGAUUGUACAAGUUUAGGAGUUUCGCUAAGUUUCGCUCUAGUGGCUUAAGUUUAAAGGUAGGAAAGUUUAUUGUUAUAUCGUUUCAACGAAAGAAGCAGACGCACGGUAUAUCGAGGGAACACGAGGCAUACUGCUGCAAGUCAGAAACACACUAGAGACACUAGGGGGCAGAUGCUAUAGAGUCGAUUUUAAAUGUAAAACAUGUGUCGUAAGUGGUAGUUCGAGCGUCCGUACCGCGGUACCGCAAGGUUCAAUUGAAAGGUUUAAUGUUCCAAUGAAAAAAUAAUAAAACGUGGAAAGUGUAUAAAAGAGUAAGAGGGGGGAAGAGAUAAAGUAAAAAAGGGAAGAAAAAAGAGGCGGAAAGAAAACAGAAAGAUGAGCAGUGAGAGAACGAAUUGGAUAAGAAAGGGAUGAAAUGCUUGGGACGUGAGAACGCAGAACCAAGCGGAGCGAAGAGGUAACCAGCAAUUUGUGAGUGUGCGUGUUUAGGAUGGAUUUAACAAUGAAAUAAGAAGAAGAAGAAAAAGUAAGAGAGUAAAAUAGUUCUAUUUUCUGUGCCCUCCGAUGCUAUGCCACGCAUCGGUAGUGUAUCUCAUGAAUGUUUGGAUCUCCGCCAACCAGUCGAUCGCACGGGGGGAGGGAAGCGAAUGGUAUUGGCGCACACAAACCAUGCAGCUGGAAAGCCAUCUACUCUUUACAAUUUUGUGCCAGAGGGGGGAAAAUCCGGGAGUACGUUGAACACAGGGAUGAACAACAAUGAUUAGUAAAGUAAUGUAAAAUUUGAUCGCGCCAAAAACGUCGCCCAGAAGAGUAUCUUCUGUGUAGAGGCGUCACAGGUGAGCAGCGGCAGGUCGCGAAUGUAAGGCCGCUUCGAGUGCACUCGUUGCGCAUGACGUUGCAGAGUUUGUGAACGAAUGGAGUCAGCACAGUUGAUCAUUAGCAUGUGUAAAUAUAAUACUACCAACCAGCCAGCCAGCGAUUGUAAAUGAAGCAACACAACACAAAACACUCUCAGCAAAAAAACCCUCCACCCUUCAAAGCAGGAAAGCCCCAUUUGAAUGCAUAAUACACACAGAGAGAACAGUCACAGUCGCAGAACCGUUAGCUGCUAGAGAGCGUAGCGCGAUAGUCGAGAGGUGCUUGUGGAAGCCGAAGAGCUACUAGCUACUAAACACCACAUAGUACAGCAUCAUAGUACGAGCAGCAGCAAUGCACUGCGCGCGCGAUGGUUUCUGUUCAUUUUCCCGUUUAUCGUUAGCGACAGAUCGUUUCCGAACGAUAGCUGCAACCUGAAAUUGAUGGAAUAAAACGGCGAUUCGCGAUUAAAACAUGUAAAUGGAACAUCCCAAGAGUAAAUGGUUUUCAAAUGUCCAAUUGACCUGCAACACAACUUAAGAAUGCGAAGAAAUACACAACCAGAAAUGUGGAAGCAAGCAGUGGGAAUAAAUAAAUUAUUAAUAUUAUUACAAAAAAGCA